UUCAACGGGCCGCUGUGCGGGGUCACCCCUGCGGCGUCCCUAUCGCUACCCUCCCACCCCUCCUCCUUCUCCUCCUCACAGGUCCAGCAUGCCAGCAAACAGAUCACGGCAGAGAAGCAGUACAAGGGCAUCAUCGACUGCAUAGUCCGCAUCCCCAAGGAGCAAGGCAUCAUCUCCUUCUGGAGAGGCAACCUGGCCAAUGUCAUCCGGUACUUCCCCACCCAGGCCCUCAACUUCGCCUUCAAGGACAAGUACAAGCAGAUCUUUCUGGGGGGAGUGGACAGGCACAAGCAGUUCUGGCGCUACUUCGCAGGGAACCUGGCAUCUGGGGGUGCUGCGGGAGCCACCUCUCUCUGCUUCGUGUACCCGCUGGAUUUUGCCAGGACCCGGCUGGCAGCUGAUGUGGGCAAAGGAGCCAGUGAGAGAGAGUUUACUGGGCUGGGCGACUGCAUCGUCAAGAUCUUCAAGUCUGAUGGCUUGAAGGGCCUGUACCAAGGAUUCAGUGUGUCUGUCCAGGGCAUCAUCAUCUACAGAGCAGCCUAUUUUGGGGUUUACGACACAGCCAAGGGUAUGUUGCCUGAUCCAAAGAACGUGCAUAUCGUAGUGAGCUGGAUGAUUGCCCAGACUGUCACUGCCGUAGCAGGGCUGGUUUCUUACCCUUUUGAUACAGUGCGACGUAGGAUGAUGAUGCAGUCUGGCCGAAAGGGAGCUGAUAUUAUGUACAAGGGCACAAUUGAUUGCUGGAAGAAGAUAGCUAAAGAUGAAGGAUCCAAAGCGUUCUUCAAAGGUGCCUGGUCGAAUGUGUUGAGAGGCAUGGGCGGAGCUUUUGUAUUAGUACUUUAUGAUGAAAUUAAGAAAUACGUCUAAAAUGUAACAUCAUAAUGUAGUUCAAUUGUUCUCCAUCAACAUUUUUUUAAAAAUAUGCUAUUGUGAUGUAAUGGACAAUAAAAUAUUUCCUAGGGAAACAGAAUAAAAUCUUAGUAACAUACCUGGAUGAGAUGAGGAUGAAUUAAUUUAAAAGUUGUCUGUUACAUCACAGUUAACAUUUUGUAUGAAAAUUCCUCCAACAUUUGUAUUGGAACCUGUGUAUAUAUUAUACUUCAAAUUUCAGGUAAUACAUUUUGUCUAGAGACAAGACUUAGGUUUUAAAAUC